AAUUGCGGCGGUUGAAGAGAACAAAUCAAAAUUUGAUCUUCCCUCGUCUUUUUCUUUCUUUCAGAUUAGGACAAGUUCUGUCGGUUGGGUCCAAUGUAAUAAAAACUCCCGCGCGAGGGCAUAUAAGUAAAUAUCCACCCCCGAAAUACUAGGGUUUCCGCCCCCGCCUUCCUCCCUAACUAUAAAACUCCUCUCCGUUUGUUUUAUCCCCUCCCUCACCAUUCUCUCUCUCUUUUCCUUAUCAUCAAACUUGCUCAGCUCCGAUCACCGUCUUUGAAGAUGUCCGAGGGAUCAGUAGAAUCAAAAUCAAAGGUGGAUUCUGCCGGAGAGUUAUCAGAUGUCGACAACGAGAACUGCAGUGGAAGCGGCGGCGGUGGAAGUAGUGGCGAGACGAAGAGGACUUGCGUUGAUUGCGGAACACUUCGAACUCCUCUCUGGCGCGGUGGCCCUGCUGGUCCUAAGUCGCUGUGCAAUGCUUGUGGGAUCAAGAGCAGGAAGAAGAGGCAAGCGGCUCUUGGAAUCAAACCAGAAGAGAAGAAAAUCAGAAGAAGCAACAGCAGUAAUAGUGAUCUGAGCAUCGAUCAUCAUCGAAACGACAAGAACAAGAUCAACAAAGAUUAUGAUCACAAAACUUGUAGCACUAGUAGCAGAAGCAGCAAAAGAGUGAGUAAAUUUUUGGAUCUAGGUUUGGAUGUGCCGGUGAUGAAGAGAUCAGCGGUGGAGAAGAAGAGGCUAUGGAAGAAACUCGGCGAGGAAGAAAGAGCCGCCGUCCUUCUCAUGGCGCUCUCUUGUGGCUCUGUUUUUUCAUAAACGAAGAUGAAAAAGCUUCUUUUUAUUUUGAUUUUUGAGGGAAUAAUAAUUAAUGAAGAGUCUGAUUAAUUAAUUUUUAACUAGGUAGCGAGAGAUUAGUAUAUGUAUGAAUGUGUAAUAGUUAGUGAUGUCGUCUUUUUGGUUCCCACUAAUGUUAUGUAUUCAUUCGUCAAUGAAUUUCAAUUUUGAGAGCAGUUCAAAUUUUUAA